AUGCUAGCUCCCGCAAAAGUCAACCGUACGACAACGAGCGCGAGACCUAGCGUCGAGCAAGGCCUUCGCUGCCGAGAACCCGGAUGCAAUCUUCUCCACCUCCCCGAGGACUUUACCGAGUGUUAUCUGGAUGCCGAGAACACAAUUCGAGUGCCUGGUGUUCGCUACUACGAAGGUCGCCCACAGGGAUUUCCCGACCAUGUGGUUGGUUCGUACGAGGCUCUCGCUCUGCCCCAAGAUAUCUGCUUCGAUCGCUUUGGUCGCUACGGUCCUUAUGGCCUAGGUUACUCCCCGCGACAGGGAGGGAUCGGCAGAGGCGAUGUCGGGGACGUUGAGGGGGCCGACCAAACCUGGACCGGCACUUCCCAGGUCGAUUAUAGGACAGUCGAUUGGGCCGACGCACAGAGGCGCUGCUACCGCUCUAAUUCGGCAAGAUUUGCCCCUCUUCCGCCACGAAAGCCUGAACCUCAUGGCUUUUUUGUCGACGAGCUCCCUGGAGCGGCCGCUGCUCCCUCGGACGACACGUUAACCAGGAGGGCGAAUGCACAGCGGGCGGACGAUCAAGGUACCGGCCCCAAGGUUCAGGGCAGGACGGCCCUGGUUCUCCGCUGCUGGGACGACAUGGAAUGGCAGGCAGACGAGAUCAUGUACGUCCGCUCGCUGAUCUCGGAGCUUUCCUUGGCGUCGGGCGGCCGCUACGACGUCCAUCUUUUGGUCCAGGUCAAGGAUGAGGGGAACAACCCGAUUUGGGCCGACCCGCCUCGUACGAGCGCGUGGUGCGCGAGCGCAUCCCCGAGAGGCAUCUUUGACCUGUACGUCAAGGGACCCGAGCUGCCCGUCCACGGCCCUUACCGCGGCCUGCAGAUGGGGCUCCAGCAUUUCGCGCACAUCCACCCCGAGUACGAGUACUUUUGGCACUGGGAGAUGGACAUUCGGUACACGGGGCACUACUACGACUUCUUCACCAAGAUUGAGAACUGGGCCCGCGCGCAGCCGCGAAAGGGGCUCUGGGAGAGAAACGCGCGCUUUUACAUGCCGAGUGUCCACGGAAGCUGGGACGAGUUUGCGCACCUCGCCAAACUCCAGACGGGCAUGACGUCCGCAACCCCGGCCGCCCUUCGAUCAGGCUUUCCUGGGGUGCGGCCCGGUGACUCUAUCCCGGAAAAGACGGUCUGGGGCCCCGAGCGGCCCGGCGACGAGGACGAUUGGUUCGAGCACGAGAACGACCCCCCAAGGGCGCCCCCGCGCCGCGCGCACAUCAACACCGCGUCCCGGCUGUCCCGCCGCCUGCUCACCACCAUGCAUCGCGAAACCACGUUCAAGAAGCACUUUGCCUUUCCCGAGAUGUGGCCCGCCACCGUGGCGCUCCAGCACGGCUUCAAGGUCGUCUACGCGCCCCACCCUUCCUUUCGGGCGCAACGGCGCCAGCGGCGGGUCCCGAUCCAGCGUCUUUGGCCAGGAGAGCAUAAUAUGCACGGCCUCAGCUGGUUCUACCGGUCCGAUUUCGCGCCCGACUUGUACCGCGCGUGGCUCGGCUUCGAGACGGCGCACGGCGGGGGUGCGGAUUUCGAGCUUCGCGGUAAAGGGGGUAAAGGUGGCGAGGGCCGCAUGUGCCUUCCUCCCAUGCUUCUUCAUCCGAUUAAGAAUGUUGGCAUCAUUGUGGAGGCACCUCCCGACGAGGAAAUGAGGAGGCUGGAUGAUGCGGGGCAGGAUUCGGAGUUUGAUGCGGGUUCGUAA